AUGGUCGUCUCAGGAGAGGACGGGGGGACGCAGGUCAGGACGCAGCUGCCCCUUAGGCUCUGCUGGGCAAUUACGAUGCACAAGUCCCAGGGGCAGACUUUAGCCAAGGCCGUCAUUGACUUGGGGCCCAAGGAGGCCUGCACGGGGCUUACUUUCGUCUGUCUCAGUAGGGCGAAGAGACUUGUGGACCUCAUGGUAGAGCCCAUGAGUUUCGACAGGAUUGGUAACCUUGGAAAUUCGCCGACGAUGAAGGCUAGGCUGCAGGAAGAGGUUAGACUUGGGGAGUUAGCACAGAGUACGAGGGUCAAGUACACGGACAUGGGCGUCUUCAGCGCCGUCGCGGGUAACCAAUGACGUGAAUUGCAAAGAGAAAAAGAAGAAGAAAGGGUCUCUUCCACCUCCCGCGGACGCACACGUCUGACGACAGUUACAUCUAUCAGCUGUCGCUCGUUUUAGCGACAGCUACUAUAUCUUAGAGAGGUGCUUCAUCUUCAUAAGGUCUUCUUUGACGCGUUCUGUUGUGGCAGGACGAGUUGAUUUGUGCCCGAAAGAGAACGGGGGGGAAAGCAGCAGGCCGUCGUCUGCCAGGAUUCAUCACAGCAUCUCCAAUAGAGCAUGCCAGGGGGCGAUUCUUCCCUUCUGACACAGCUAGUCUAGUGUAUUGUCAGGAAGAAGCUCUCUGUGAGGCUCGAUGAGAGGGUGUAGGUGCAACCAGAGGUGGCGAACAAGAGGAAAAACGUUGUCUGCUGUGGUUAUGCGUGUGCGACAAGAAAGCGGCGAGGUUUUUUCUCCGUUUCGCGGGAAAUUUUCAGGGAGAAGCAGCACAGCAGUAGAGCACGGCAGCGGCACAGCAGCAGCACAGCAGCAGCAGAAGGGGCAGCAACAACACAGGGGCAAAUACCGUGGCGUGCCUUGGGACUCAACGUUUUGUGCUGUGGUCUGCUC